AUGGAAUUUUCAACUAAGCUUUUUACUCCAGAGACAGUAAAUCAUGCAAUGAGUUUACCAGGUGGAGGUCCUCAUAAUGUUGCCCCUGGUUAGAUAACUGAUGACGGUGAACUUACUCUAUCUCUGUUAAAUGGUCUACUUAAAGCUCAGAAGAUUAAAGAUAAAAAUAUGGGAACAUUAGAUUUGAAGUAGAUCGUUAUAAUGUAUGCUAAGUGGAUUCAGAGUAAACCAUUUGACAUUGGUGCAACAAUUAGAGCAUCAUUUUUCAAAUGCAGCAUUGACAAACCAAAUCCUUAGAGAGUUAUAGAGGGUGGAAAAUAGAAAAAAUCAUUAACUUCUCAAAGCAAUGGAGCAUUAAUGAGAAUAAGUCCUUUAGCAGUCUGGUGCUACAAUUUAACUGAUCAAGAAAUGGCCUAAGCAGCCACCCUUGACACUUCACUCAGUCAUGGAAAUUAACUCACUUAAUAAGCGAGUGUGCUAUAUUGCUUGGCUAUAAAAAGAAUUCUUUCCUCAGCAAUGACAAGGCAAGAAAUAUAUGAUGAUGUCAAGGAUUAUUGUUAGUAAAAUUGCUUACAAGAUUUGUAGGACUGGUUUAAGACAAUAGAUAGCUUUGCUGAUGGAAAGAUUAAUCCUGAGUUAGUUACACCUAAAAAAGCUGGAGGCUGGUUGAAGCAUUCUUUUAUUAUGAGUUUCACCUUUUUGAAGAAUGAAAGUUAUGACUACAGAGAGGCAAUUUAUGAUUGUAUAAUGCUAGGAGGUGAUACUGAUACUAAUGCAUGCAUAGUAGGAGGUAUGAUAGGUGCUCUUGUUGGCUUUAGUAAUUUACCUUAAAGAGAGGUAGAUAUUUUGCUAAAUUGUAAUAUAAGUCAGGGGAAAAAGAGUUAAAGACCGAAAUUGAUACAAACAAACAAUGAUUUGAUUAAUAAAAUAAAGUAAUUGGUAGAAAUUGCUCCUGAUCAAUUGAUCGUCAAUUAAUGA